AAAAGAGAGAGUUCUAUUUCGUAUACCUACCUACAGAAGAAAUCAAAAUAUGUAAUUAUUUGUUCCGUGACGAUCGCCGCGAUUCUUCGCGUGAAAUUUCUUCGAAAAUGUUCCUAAUUUUCGUAAUAAUUGCCGGAUUAUUUAAUAAUAAUUGUCACGCCAUUUAUUUGACCAAUAAUUCAAGUUACGUGAGGAGGAUUAGCAGUAAUCCUGCUGUUUGGACUGAGCAGGAGGGAGUUUGGGGACCUGUACUGGAAGAAUGGGCAUUGGGAGGAGGAGAAAGUCACAGUAAAAGACAAAGUAGAGUGAUGCAAAUUCCAAUCUCCAACCGCGACUACAUAAUCCAAGAGCGCGUCGAUACUAUACCGCCAAAAGAAAGCAAAAUCAGUCCAGGCAAAGUUAUCAACACCAGCAAUUCUGGAAAUAUUUACAAACCCCCUCCGCGUCAAGUAUCAGAAACUGAUCUCUAUCUACUAGGAGCCAUCGAAAAGCUGGUCUACAAAGUCGAUUUUAUGGAAAAACGCCUAAGACGUGUAGAAGAGAUGUUAUACUACGUGAUGGCUGGCAAUAGAGUGGACGAGGAGCCUUGUCCAGAAAACUUCACCAGAGCCGGACAAAAUUGCUAUUUGUUCGCCAGUAUGGCUGGCAGAGAAUACGAUUGGAAAGUUGCUAGUAAGCAUUGCAAAAAAAUGGGGGCCGUUUUGGGCGAAUUUGAGACUAUUGAGGAGAAUCAGGAUAUUGUUGCUCAUAUACAGAACGAUCAAAAUUUGAAAGGUAAAGAUUUCUGGGUCGGAGGUCUUAAUCCGGGCUUGCUCUGGAUCUGGAGCAACACUGCCAGACCAGUCGUAGCUCCUGGAUCACAAAACAACAAAGAAAACCCUUCAGCAGCUGUACAGGGUGAAGGCAGAUGUUUAAAAUUGGCAUACAACCCCGCUCUGAGGUCUUACUUUUAUAAGGGAACAGAUUGUUCAAUGCGCUACAGUUAUAUUUGCGAAGCUCCUGAAAAUACUUCCAGUAACGAGAUACAGAGAAUUGGUAGGAGCAGGAAGAUUUUCAAUAAUGAUGAAUUAUAA